AUGGCUCUAAGCUCAGGAUCAAAAAGACCGGAAGUUGGCAAGGGGUCAACAAAGGCAAAUGCAAUGGGUGUGUCCUCAGCUGAGAUUGCAUUUUCAGCUGAGGUCACAUUGGAGCGUGUCAGACAAGACUGCGGCGUCAGCAAGGCUGGAUCGGUACCCGGUUUUAUGUAUAAAUUCAUUGGGACCGACAGCCCCUUUCCUGCAAAACUUGAAGGAUUACGCGCGCCGGUACCCAAUCAGCUGGAUAUGGAGGAGAGGAAGGCUGCCACGGUGAAAGAAAAACUGGCGUUGAAGGCGACUGAGCCGCCGAUGUUCAAGAGGGAGAGUAGGCAGGUUAAGACGAAAGAGACGGAGAUGGCGUUGAGGAGGAUGUCCCAGCCUGGUUUGACCCUUGGCAUGAGCAAGACUGCCCACAUCAUUCCUAGGGGAAGCACCGGCGAGGCAUCUCUGAUCUCUUCCGCUCCCAUGGAACAAGAGAGCCCCAAGCAGGGCCAGCCACCAUUGUUUUGGAACUCGGUGAAUACGAGUCUUCCAGGUAUCUUCUUGGGAGCAAGGACCCAGAGUGGGAUGAGGAUGGCAAAGAAGCCACAAACGUGGAUGACCACCAUCAAUCCCUCAAUCAAGGGCAAUCUCUUCGCGAAAAAGGUGUUGAAUGAGAUGGCAACGAUGGCAACUGCAAUGAUGAGGAGUCCCGUGCCAUCUCUCGAAGACGUAGCUAGGGUCGUUGAGGAUCAUUAUGCCCGGCAUUUGGACCGCGACGAGAAACCCAAUGGUAUUGCCCACCCGAUGUCGGAGCCAUACAAAGUGUCAGCAAUGGACCACGACAAUGGUCUGGAGAGAUCCUACACAAAGGCCAACACCGCCAUCGACAACACAGCGGUUCCGAAGCCGAGCACUGAGACGACAUGCAUCCAGACUGAGCCGGCAAGACCGCCGUUCAUCAGUCCAUAUGAGCUGGCCCUGCACUAA